CGCCUGAUCAUUCUGAUGACGUACGUCAACGGCCUCACGCAAAGCUGUGAUUGGGCGCUCACUAAGGCGGCGAUCUGAGCCGAUGAUUCGCGGUAAGCGCUCUCCCCAGAUUUUAUGGUUGCAACAACCCUUCCGAGUUCCAGGCUUCCAGAACCACGCUAUCGCGCAUCGACGCCCAUCUCACGUCAAUUCUGCAGCUUUCCAGGCAUUCCAGGCAGGCCACCAAAGACUCUUGUUCGGCUGACUCGGUGCACCCGGACCAAGCCGGAAGGUUGACAAAACCUGCCUCACCAAGUUCAAGAAUGCACAAGCUAUUUGAUCCACGUUUGAGCAACCCAUCCACGCGUCUUCAGCUACUCGUCGUGGCCAAGACGUGCCCCGCAUGUCUACCAACAAUGCUCCCCAACCUGUGAAGCUAUCGCUGCCCCUUGAGUAUCAGCAACACCUCUUCCAGGAGCUCCGUGGCGAGGAUGAACUCGUUGUCCUCGCCAAAGGCCUCGGUCUCAUGCGGCUGAUCACCAAUCUGUUGCACAGUUACGAUGCGGCAGGAAACAAUUUGAUCAUCGUCGUCGGCGCUGAGGACCGUGAGAAUGCCUGGAUCGGAGAAGCUCUCGCCGAGCAUGCGGCCAUUAGCAUGUCUCCUAAAGCCAGAGGUCUUACAGUUGUCAACACUGACUUUACUAGUGUCGCUGCCAGGGAAAGAAUGUAUGCAAAAGGAGGGAUCUACAGCAUCACUUCUCGUAUUCUAGUCGUUGAUCUCUUGACUUCGCUUCUCAAUCCGGAAACCAUUAGUGGUGUAAUACUGUUGCAUGCCGAGAAAGUGAUAGCAACAUCACUCGAAGCUUUUAUCCUUCGAAUAUACAGGCAGAAGAACAAGGCUGGCUUCCUCAAAGCCUUCUCUGACAACCCGGACCCUUUCACGAUGGGCUUCAACCCCCUUGCAAACAUGAUGCGAAAUUUAUUUCUAAGGAAAGUAUCUUUGUGGCCGCGUUUCCAUGUUACCAUUGCAGGUUCAUUAGAAGGCAAGAAGAAAGCAGAGGUCAUUGAGUUGGAGGUGCCCAUGACGGACGCCAUGAAAGAUAUUCAAACGGCCAUCAUGGAGUGCGUCGAAGUCAGCAUACAUGAACUCAAGAAGAUUAAUUCUGGCCUCGAAAUGGAAGACUGGAACCUGGACAGUGCAUUGCUUAAAAAUUUCGAUGUUAUGGUACGGCGGCAGCUUGAUUCCAACUGGCACAGGGUCAGCUGGAAGACAAAGCAGAUCGUUAGCGAUCUUACGGUUCUCCGGAGUAUGCUUACUUCCGUCCUUGCGUAUGAUUCUGUGUCAUUUCUCCAGCAUCUGGACACGAUUCAUGCUACCCAUUCGCCACAACCCGGCUCAACAAGGCAGAGUCAGUCUCCCUGGAUGUUCAUGGAUGCAGCCCACACAAUUUUCAGUACUGCAAAGCAGAGAGUUUAUUCAAGCAAUGCCAAGGCGACAGAGGCGACACCGCUCGACGCCCUGAGACCAGUGCUAGAAGAACAACCCAAGUGGGCAGUUUUGGCCGAGAUCCUCCAAGAAAUAGAUCGAGAUCUAUACUUCGAGCCAGCGGCCAGGGACGAUUCCAAUGGCACGAUCCUGAUUAUGUGUUCGGAUCCUGCCACGUGCCGCCAGAUUCGACUAUACCUCGAGUUGAUGUAUGUUAAGCCGAAAGAAGAUGACCCAACGGUCAAGAAGAAGCAGAAGGACGAAGAUGCCAAGCCAUCCGCAGCAUACAUGAUGAGAAGGAAGCUUCGGGAAUAUCUGAAGUGGAAAAGAGAGUUUGCACAAAUAAGUAGUGCGUUGUUCUCAGAGAACCAGAAGGCAAUCCAAAGUGCCGAAGAUCCAAGACUUCAAAGUAAGGGACGCGCACCAGCGAAUAAGCGAAGACGACAAAGAGGUGGUGGUGCAGCUGGCACAGUGACUGGGCGUGCUGCGAAUGGAAGCUUGAUACAGUAUUUCGAGAAAGACUCCGAGGUAGAUGACCUUGUUGCUGGUGUCCAACCAACCGAAGAUGAGGCAAAUCAGAAAGCCGAAAUCAUAGCGGACCCUCUGGACGAUAUGGACGACUACUAUGAGCUAUACGAAAUGCAGGAUCUCGUUGUGGUUCAUGCAUACGAAGGCGACCAAGAUGAGCACAUCCUCGAAGAAGUCAAACCACGAUACAUCAUUAUGUUCGAACCGGAUGCUAGCUUCAUUCGACGAGUUGAGGUGUAUCGUUCGUCACACAGCGACAGGAACGUGCGAGUGUACUUCAUGUUUUAUGGUGGGUCGGUGGAGGAACAGCGAUACCUUGCCUCCGUCCGUCGAGAAAAGGAUGCUUUCACCAAGCUCAUCAAAGAACGUGCCAGUAUGACUAUUGUUGAUACGACGGAGGCUCACGGUAUCGAAGACCCGCAAGAGACUUUCCUCCGGACGGUCAACACUCGAAUUGCUGGUGGUGGUCGACUUGCAGCAACGGCACAACCACCACGUGUCGUUGUGGAUGUGCGAGAGUUCCGCUCUUCUCUGCCUUCGUUGUUACAUGGGCGAAACAUGGUCAUUGUUCCGUGUAUGUUAACGGUUGCCGAUUAUGUUUUAUCGCCGACUAUUUGCGUUGAGCGCAAGUCAGUGAGUGACUUGAUUAGCUCCUUCAAAGAUGGUCGUCUCUAUAACCAAGCCGAGACCAUGUUCCAACACUACAAGAGUCCCAUGCUUCUGAUUGAGUUUGAUCAGAACAAGUCUUUCACCCUUGAACCGUUCGCGGACUUGUCAGGCAACCUGUCCUCGAUCAACCCUGCCAACGUACCUUCGGACCUUCAGUCGAAGCUCGUCCUUCUCACACUUGCAUAUCCGCGUCUGAGAAUUAUCUGGAGCAGUAGUCCAUAUCAAACCGCCGAGAUUUUUGAAAACUUGAAGACGCAGGAGGAGGAGCCGGAUCCAAUUGCAGCAGUCCGUGCUGGACUAGACAAGGAAAUGAAGGCCGAGGACCAGACAUUCAAUCUCGAACCGCAAGAAAUGCUGGGAGUCGUACCGGGCGUAACGCCCAAGAAUAUAAAAAAUCUGGUGCUCGAGUGCGAGAAUGUUCGCGAGGUUGCGAACAUGAGUGUGGACGACCUCGAGCCAUUAGUUGGAAAAGAAUCUGGGCGGCAAAUUGAGAGGUUCUUUGCAAGGAAUCUGAUCGAUAUGGACUGAUCUGCUGUGCAAAAGCCAUGUACACAGACGGAAACAGAGAUGGGGUAAAAUCCUAAAGCCAGGUCCCGUAUAUCCGGCAUUCCCAAACUAAAAGAUUGAAUCUCUGAAAGCGUUUUAAACUUUAGAUAUUACACAAAUACAAGAGCAAUGUGCGAGUCAGAAAUUGCACGACGCUUGGAGACCUGUGACAGAAUUAGUAACGAGUGUACUGAUUUGUACGCUCAGCAAUGGUGUCAAUGUAUUUCCCGGGUCGGUGUAGACACGGCGUGCUGGAAAAGGGUAUACUAUGUGGACUUUGAAGCAAAUAGUAUCCGCCUUCCAGAUCCGCAAUUUCGGCCAUGUGAUAGGAGAAGGCAGAUGAGUAUGUCGUUAUUGUGAAUGCACCGUCAGCACAUUUCACAGUUAC